UCUCCCUAUACCAAACUUCUCUCUCUCUCUCUCUGAAAAAAUGUCUAAAAUAACUGAAAAAUCUCCCAAACACUGCGCUAACAAGCAAGCAGUAAACCUCCACAAGUUCAGCAAGAAGAUCUACAUCUACUUGACAACACUAAUCCUCUCAAUCCUCUCCCUCAUAUUCCUUGUUUGGCUAAUCCUCCAUCCAACAAAACCGAACUUCUCUCUCACACAAGCAGAUAUCAACCAGCUAAACCUCUCGGGCCAAUCCCUUCUCAACUCCUCAAUCCAGCUCACUCUCCAAUCCAACAAUCCAAACAAGAAAGUCUCGAUUUACUACGACGAGUUCUUGAUCUACGCAUCUUACAAGGGCCAAAAAAUCACCCCCGAAACUGCAAUCCCUGCUUUCUAUCAGGACCAUGAAGAAACAAACACUCUUAGCGCAUCGUUGGUUGGUAAAGAACAGCCUGUGGGACCGUCUUUUGCCGACGGAGUUCAACGAGAUCAACGGACGGGAAAAUUGGCCUUGAGUUUUAAGGUUAUGGGGAAGCUGAGGUGGAAAGUAGGGACUUGGGUUUCCGGGAGGUACAGAUUCGUAGUAAAUUGUAUGACGGUUAUGCCCUUUGGGCCUAUACCUUCGCCACCGUUGAGUUCGACACAAGGUUCACAUUGUUCUACUACUAUCUAAACAAGUAUAUAAUUCACGAUGCCUUCGGCAUACGAUGCAUAAGAGAGAAUAAGCCGGUUUUUGUGCCGUUUGUGUAUUGAGUGCCUAUUACAGUUGGUUUAAAAGGUUAUGGUAAAUAGCAAUGCAUAUAUAUAUGUAUACAGAUAUAUUCUUAUAGAAGUGAGAAGUUUGUACUAGAAAUAGUAGUUUUUUUUUUUUUUUUUGGUUACUAAUAUUUUAUGUUGGAUUUUUACCAUGGUCCAUGUAAGAACAAAAACAGUGUUUCUUCUCUCAGUUUAAGGAAAAAAAUUGUAAAAGAAUGGAAAAGAAGCUGCUUAACUUUUCAGAGUUUGAAAAAGAUUCAUUUCUCUUCUAUUA